AUGGCGGCCGCGGCCAGGGCCUUCGCCGUGCACGUGCUGCGCGGGAGGUGGUUCAUGGCGUACGGCUCCUUCCUCAUCAUGUCCGCGGCGGGGGCGACGUACAUCUUCGCCGUCUACUCCAAGGACAUCAAGGCCACGCUCGGCUACACACAGGAGCAGCUCAACACCGUCGGCUUCUUCAAGGACGUCGGCGCCAACGUCGGCAAGAGGUUCUUGUUCACCCGAGCAGAGUUUGGCGUCAGCGCCGCCGUCGUACUCGCAAUGCUCCUCGUCCCAUUCACCGUGGUCCUGCGCGAGGAGGCCGCACUGUUCAAGAACACGCUGGAAGCGCAGUCCGUGGUGCCCGUGCCCACCAAACCGCGGACGCCGGUACAAGAGCCAGCGUCCGUUGCGGAGAGGCCAGCGGCCACACUGAUGUCGAGGGUGGUGCGUGCUCUGAGGCCGCCACCGCUUGGCGACGACUACACGAUCCUUCAGGCGCUGGUGAGCGUGGACAUGCUGCUGCUGUUCACGGCGACGGUGUUCGGCAUAGGCGGCACACUCACGGCCAUCGACAACAUGGGCCAGAUCGGCGAGUCGCUGGGCUACCCGCAGCGCAGCAUCGCCACCUUCGUCUCCCUCAUCAGCAUCUGGAACUACCUCGGCCGGGUCGCCUCCGGCUUCGCGUCGGAGGCGCUCCUCGCGCGGUACCGCCUCCCGCGCCCGCUCGUCCUCGCCGUCGUCCUGCUCCUCACCGUUCCGGGGCACCUCCUCAUAUCGUUCGGCGUGCCGGGCUCCCUGUACGUGGCGUCGGUGAUCAUCGGGUUCUGCUUCGGCGCGGCGCAGCCGCUGAUCCUGGCGAGCGUGUCGGAGCUGUUCGGCCUCAGGUACUACUCCACGCUCUACAACCUGUGCGGCACGGCGAGCCCCGUGGGGUCGUACGUCCUCAACGUGCGCGUCGCCGGGCGCAUGUACGACCGCGAGGCCGCGCGGCAGGGUGGCGGACACGCCGUGGCCUCGGCGGCCGGGAAGAGGCUCGUGACCUGCAUCGGCGUCCGGUGCUACAAGGAGUCGUUCUUGGUCAUAACGGCAGUGACUGUGGCCGCCGCGGCGGUGACGCUGGUGCUGGCGUGGAGGACUCGGGGAUUCUACGCGGGGGACGUGUACGCGCGGUUUAAGGAGGAGGAGGAGGAGGAGGCGGUGGUGGCUGGGCAAAGCAGAAAUGGCGUCGCCGCGUCGGAGAUGUCCAGUUAG